AUGAUAGAAGUGUAUGGGAGACAUACAGGAGAACAUAUAAAAGAAUUGAUGCUAGAAUGCAUCUUCAGUUACGGGAUUUCUGCCAAUCAGAUAUAUUCCCUUACAACUGAUAACGGCAGCAACAUGAUUAAAUCUGUGCAACUUUUCUUGGAUGGAGACGAAGAAGAAGAAGACAUUGAUUUUGACGAACUGAACAGAAAUAAUGACGAAGAAGAAGAAGAACUUGUUAUUAACGAACUCUCGGAAAGCAUUCGCGAUGUUGUGCGCGGAUUUCUGUGUGCAGCGCACACAUUACAACUCGCAGUGCUGGACGUGCUUAAAUUGAAAUCUGUUGACAGAUUAAUUGGAAAAGCCCGUGCGGCGAUGAAAGCUUUGAAAAAUCAGGUGUUUAUGGUUUCGAUUCGGCGUAGUAAAUUGAAAAAACCAAUACUUGAUGGGAAAACCAGGUGGAACUCGACACUUGCGAUGCUAGCUCGUCUUCUUGAGCUUCGGGAAUUCAUUACUGAAAUAGAAAAUUCUCAUGCAGAUUUAAAGAUCAGUGAGAUUCAAUGGGUUGGCAUUCAGGAGAUAUGCUCCGUUCUCGAGCCGGCCCGAAAAGCAUCAGUCAGGUUGCAAAUGCAACAGCUGACCAUAGGAGAUUUUUACAAAUUGUGGACGUCGUGUAAAAUGGACGUAGAAGAAAUCGACACAGUAUUUGCGAAAGCUUUUUCCGUGGCCCUUCAAACACGGGAAAAUUUGUUGAUGGAUAAUGAUAUUUUCCGAUCAGCAAUAUAUCUAGAUCCUAGAAUUAAGGUAAUUCUGUCUACUGAUGAGAGGGUAAAAGCCAAAGCUUAUUUGGUCAAUCUGUGGCAAGCUGUCCAUCAAAUGAGGUUAGACAGAAACUCUAACAAUAACUCUUUCCCACACGGACACGCUGAGUCUUUCAUUGGGCCUCUUGAUAAGUUUGAAUCAGCCAUGCGGGAACGUGAAAAUUUUAUGGUUUCUCCGGCAUUCACCAUUGAAAACAAACGAAUCGACCACCUUCUGGAAAACUUUGAGGGUCAUCCGCGAAUAAAUUCGACUGAAAAUUUACUGGAGUGGUAG